CCGAAAACGUCAAGUGCUGCUUUGUUCGUUCGACUUUUACAAAUCGAUGACUAACUUUAGGGCUUCCUUAGCUACGUCAUGGCUUGAUUACUGUACAUACCAAUAAAUUCCCAUGUUAUAAAGCAGUGGAAUGCCCUUCAGCUUCAAUUGAUAUAUAUCUAUUGCGACUGCUGUCUCCUUAAAUAACUCACCACUGCCCCUCAAUCCGGCAGAUCUCAAGCACGUCUUUUACUUGCAACUCCCCACAAUAAUUCCACCACAAUGGGAUCCACGCUCCCACCAGCUCAAGUCACACCAGCACCAGGGCUCUCAUACUUCACUACAGCCAACAACGCCGGCGUCGCGGUCGUCGACAAUAAUUCGACCUCCAUCCCAACCCUCUUCCAACCCCUCACCAUCCGCAAUGUAACCCUCAAAAACCGCAUCGUGGUGUCACCCAUGUGCAUGUACUCUGCCGAAAAUAACCCGUCGUCGCCUAACAUCGGCGCUCUGACAGACUACCACAUCGCCCACCUGGGCCAUCUCGCCCUGAAAGGCGCCGCGUUGGUCUUUGUCGAGGCUACCGCCGUCCAGCCCAACGGCAGAAUCUCGCCUAAUGAUAUUGGCCUCUGGCAGCACAGUACCGAUUCUGCGCAGUUCAAGGGUCUCAAGCGCGUCGUUGAUUUCGCGCAUUCGCAAGGCGCCAAGGUUGGCGUGCAGUUGGCGCAUGCGGGCCGGAAGGCGAGUAUGGCGGCGCCGUGGUUAAGGCCUGCCGAUGCGGCGACAACGAGUCUGCGGGCGGAUGCGGAUGCGUAUGGCUGGCCUGGUGAUAUUGUGGCGCCGUCCGGAGGCGUGGACAUGAUAUGGGGUUCGGGAUAUCACACCCCGCGGUCAUUGAGUGUUGCCGAGAUCAAGGAAUUGAUCGCUGCGUUUGUGGCGUCGGCGAUAACGGCUGUGAAGGCCGGCGUGGACGUUCUCGAGAUCCAUGGCGCACAUGGGUAUCUGCUCACCCAGUUCCUGAGUCCGGUCACGAAUAGACGGACGGAUGAAUAUGGCGGCUCGUACGAGAACCGCACACGCUUCGCGCGGGAGAUCAUCACGGCCGUUCGCAGUGCUAUUCCCGCUGAUAUGCCACUGUUCCUGCGUGUCAGUAGUACGGAGUGGCUGGAGGAUUCGCCAGUGGCGAGGGAGACGGGCAGCUGGGAUGUGCCAUCGACGCUUCGGUUUGUGAAGGAAUUACAAGAGCUUGGAGUGGACUUGGUGGAUGUGAGCUCCGGCGGGAACAAUGAGCAACAGAAAAUCAAGCGUGUAAAGUCAUAUCAAGUCGAUAUUGCGGCGCAGGUUCGCAAGGAGCUGCGUGCUGCGGGCCAUAAGACGCUUGUUGGCGCGGUAGGGUAUAUCACAGAUGCCGACCAGGCGAAAGACAUUGUGCAAGGAGCCGAUCAGGAGGAUGAGCAUGGUGAUGUGAAAGAAGAGGCCAAGGCGGCUGAGAAGCUCCUAAGCGGGCCUGAGCCUCAGGCAGAUGUGGUGUUUGUCGCACGUCAAUUCCUGCGGGAUCCAGCGUGGGUAUUGCAUGUAGCUAAUGAGCUGGGUGUGAACGUUACAGUUCCAAAACAGUUUGGUCGGGCUUAUUAGAGGUCCAUACCAUAGCUCGAUAUAUACACAUACUGUUUUCUAGAUUCUAAAUUGAUGUUAAUUAAUGGAUACUUACGACCUCAUAUUCUUGUGGGCUGCGUAGGCAGUCAUCUGCAAUGUUGAACAGGAUUAUCAAGCUUACAUAUCUAACUCCCUCUCAAG